GUUGCUCGACACAUAAAUCUAAAAAAAAAAGAAAAAAUCCUGACAAAAAAGAGGUAACCUGUAUUGUUAAGUUAGGUGAUGAUUUGUGACUAGAGUUGGCAAGCUAGUUGUUCGAUUGCCAGUGUCCUGUGAGGUGAAGCCAGAGUGUGUCAGGGAUGUACUGUGAAGGACCAAUGUCAGUUUUGCUGACUUUGCUCCAAUACACAGUGUUGGGCAGUGCCGUUACUAGUUUAACUACAUUUCUCAAUUGAGUGAUUGUAACAUCGCUGUUUUACAAAUCAAAUAUCUUAGUCAGUAGUGAAGGUAUUUUACUGAUCAAAUAACGUGAUAGCCUACAAAGAAGGUACAUUUAACAGGCAUUUGUAAAUGUUAAAAGCAGCAGAGUUUCUGCUACGGUCAGAGCGGUAACCAUGGUGAUGACAGACGUUCCUUCUAGCCACAUUCCGUACCAGUCCUGACUCCUGCUGCACCAGGACAGCUGGGGAAGCACCCAGCGGGUGACAGUGACAUAGAAGGGGAGAGAAGUGUAGAGCGACUCCAUGUCGUGACUCUUGACAAGCUUUGGGAAAUACCUGAAUGUAUUUCCUUAAAUUCUGCUUUGACGUCACUUGUCAUUUUUGAUCGGCCUGUUAACAUUUGAACAUUAACUAAGCUUUUUUAUAUAAGGUUCAAGAAUGUGAUUGCCGAAUAGGUGACUAAAGAGAGGAAAUGACCAAGGAGGCACAGCCUAAUCACAGUAAAAGUAUCACAAUGUAUUUCUAAUACAGGCACGCCAAAUUACCCUGACUCCUUUUAAAAAAAGUAAAUGAUUCGAUAAAUAAAUAAACAGGCCAAGAUUUUAAACCCCCCAAUGGUAGACCCCAAGUUACGGUCUUGCAUAUAUUAUUAAGAAUGAAUUGGCCGAAAUUGUUCCCCGCGGUCAAGUGCCCCUGAUAUACAUUAGCAGACCGCUUGAGGGCGCCGAGUAACCACGACAUACAAGCAGCAUUUAAACGUUAACUGUUGACUUGAAUAUGUUUAAGUCUAUGCACACUCAAAACACAAGAACACGAAUACAGUCAAACUGUUUUUCCCCGUCAACAAACUUUUGUAGUUGUACAACAUAUUUUUUUUACCGGAAGUGGCUGCUACAACUUCCUUAGCAACACGAAAGCUUAUCAACCGCUCGUGUAUAGCAUGUUUAGCUAGCAUCCGAGAACUACUCAAGUAUGUUUGAUUUUUAAAAGUUGCCUUACUUUAUUGAGGCGUUGCAUUGUAGUCACUACUUGGAGGAACGUCUGAAAGUCAACUUAAUGGUCCGGGGGCAUUAAAUAGCAAGUUAGGAUCGUAUUGUAGUUCACGCGAUGUUUCUGUGACGACAUGUUUGACCGCCAGUUGUGCUGUUUACGUUUUAUUUUUUGUUUCUUGUUUGGGAUAUUGGCGCAAAUAGCCACAGAAACUGGGAUUAAACCAACUGCCACUUCCACCGUAACGAAUGGGGAACCUGUCAGCUCAGCGAGCCGUUCCUCUGGGGUCACCGAUGGAAUGGACUCCGCCAGAACCGCGGAGAGGCCCCUUCCCUCAGCUCCCACAACAGCACUUAUUCGAUCUGUGGUAAACUCUGAUGCUUGUGUCUGUGAUCUAACUCCUAAUUUCUGCGACAUCGGAUGCUGUUGUGACAUAGUCGACUGCAGCGUCGAUAAACUGUCUAGUGUCUUCACUGGAUGUCCACAGAAAGCCAUAUCAGGAGACUGCGUUGAGAAGUGGAUGAUGUUCAACGCCAAUGUGGAUCCCUCAUUUGUCACUGUGACUGACUUUUUUUUUUGUGUUCAUUCUGGAGACGAUACAGUUAAGGUCCCUGCUUCUCCACCUCAUCUUCCAGCUCUGGGGGACUCUUAUCACUUCUCACCUCCAAAACCAACAAGUGUCGGCCACAGUAGACAUUUUUAUCGGGCUGAUGAUGUCAUUCAAACAUACUUCUCCAAGUCAUUUGUGCAAGGUCUCCUUCGACAGCCAUCUCCUGGAGCGACUACCUCAUUGUGUCUCAAUCGCAACCCUGCUCGUUUCCUCAGGUCGCAGUCUCUGUCUUGUACUCGCAUGGUAACCCAACAGUCCUGCACCAAAGACCCAAAUCUCAGUGCUGUCUCCUACUUCUCGAAUCUGAAUCUGGUUAAAAGUCCACAACCUGGGAAGAAGCAACUGUUGGAAUUUCUGAUUCCAGUCGUCCCUCUUUCUGACUGGGAUGCACCAAGUGAGCAAAACAACGCUUGCGUUAAUGUGGCAGAGAAGGUGGAGUUUGUCAUAACAUACACAGACAGAGGAGAACUGGAUAACGCCACAGUGAAUGUAGUUUUAGCUGUUGUUAAAAUCAACCAGUUGCUGCAGCAGGUGCACUCAGUACAAUUCAAGCUGGUGACACCUAGCAAGUCUCCACAACAGCCGACCCCCUUAGUUGGACUACGUGUGGGAUCCGGGGUCAUCGGUCGCUUUAAUGGAGCAGUGGAACCUGUGACCAUAAUGGGGAUUUCUCAAGGUGACAUGUGUUCCUCCACACGGGCAACUAUCCUCUUUGCACAGAACACCAUCGCAGGCUGCACAUUUCGUUCUUUUUCCAAGGACUGCUCGGAUAUGCGUUCCCAGAUUUACAGCAUUUUGCUAGGAACGACCAUUCCUGACGAAAUGGGCAUGAACUCAGGCUCCGAGCCCGACUGGACAAGAGUCCUCAAGCAGGAGUGUCCAAUCAACUUGGAGGCAACCUGUGAAUCAGGCUGCACUCUUCCAUACGUCCUCUCUGUGCAAGUGUUGUGGGCUCGCAUGGGCCUCCUGCACCUUCCACAAAGUUACAUUCUGGGAGCUAAAUACCUCUUCCAGUGUCGCAAGUUCAAGUGUCCUCUGACGUCACCUAUACGUCUAACCACUGAGGUCGUGUUUGCUGACAUGACAGUUUACCCCAAACCCUUCCAGGGCUUUGGGUCAACUUGACAGAUAUGCUCUGCCUUGGGUUCUUCACCUGGACGGACAUUCUUAGUGCUGAGAAGGACCCUUAAAGAGUUUAAUGGUGCUCACGGUCUGGUUAGAAUUCUUCACCAGGUAGGUGGAUCAUAGAUGGAGAGGUUAUUGAAAGAAAUCAUUUAUUAGUCAAGUCCGUUAUUUCACAUUCUGCAGACCCAAAAUAAACAAAUGUAAUUUUGUAAAUGUGCACUUGAAGAGGAAACGUCUAGAGAAAAAAACAAAUGAAAUUUUUUUGUCUGGUAUUGAAAUAUGCUAAUCUAUUUGUGUACAUUUUUAUUAAAUUAUCUCAGGUGACUGUAUUAUACUAACAUAUAUUUUUUCAUACAAAUCUACUUUUCUCCACUCCAUUUGGUCGGUUUAGCUCCUCU